AUGAUCUCUAGUAUUUAUUUUACAGGUUUUAAAUUUGUACGUGGUGUAAUUUUAUACGGACCACCCGGCACAGGAAAAACGACUAUUAUAAGGGAAUUGUGCGAAUAUUUUAAGUACAAACCAAAAGUUAUCAAUGGUCCACAACUGUUAAACUCUUUGAUCGGCAAAUCUGAAGAAGCAGUACGGCUGCUCUUUGAAAAAGCUAAGAAAGAUCAAAAAAAUAAAGGUGAUUCAAGUCCACUACAUGUAAUCGUCUUUGAAGAAAUAGAUGCUCUAUUUUCAAAGCGAACAUCAAGUGAAGGUGGAUCAGAUACACGUAACGGUAUCGUUAAUCAGUUGUUGACAAUGAUGGAUGGUUAUGAUGCAUUGAACAACAUUUUGAUUUUCGGUACAACCAAUCGUUUGGAUAUGAUUGAUCCAGCACUACUUCGUGGUGGUCGGUUUGAAUUGCAAGUCAAAAUUGAUCUUCCAAAUGUACAAGAACGACUGGAAAUUUUUAACUAUCAUCUCAAUGAACCUCGAAAGAAUGGAUUUCUGGCUUCCAAUAUUUCAACAGAUAAUUUUCAGCAACUUGCUAGUGUUACCAAUAACUACAGUGGUGCUGAUAUAGCUGAACUCGUACGAUUGGCUAUAUCUUAUGCAAUUGAUCGAAGCUUUGAAGAUACCACAACUAGUCUAGACAAGCUUAAUUUAGAACAUGCCAAUAUUUGUAUUCAAUGGAAUGAUUUAAUCACCGCCUUUUAUCAAUGUGAACAAGCACGGCGAAAGCGUGAAAAUGAAUUAAAAACAAACAAAAAUAAUGCUAACGACGACAGGACUGAUCAUAAUUAA